GUUUUUCAAACAGAGAACCCAACGGGCACACUGCACCUUUUGCAUCAAUGUUUUGCCGACAACAAAUUAAAUUUUAAAUGAUUUACUGACUUAAGGCAACUACAAGAAAUGGCGCAAACGCAACCCACAGCCAAGCGCGUAAAGCUGGAGCAAAAGCCGGCGCAUCUGGUCGAGGAAGAUGAGACGCCCUCCGUGUUCAAUCCCAAGUACCGGGUGUGCCCCUACCUGGACACCAUCAACCGCAACAUGCUGGACUUUGAUUUCGAGAAGCUCUGCUCCAUCUCGCUGACCCGGAUCAAUGUGUACGCGUGUCUGGUGUGCGGUAAGUACUUCCAGGGUCGCGGCACCAACACCCACGCGUACACGCACUCCGUGGGCGAGGCGCACCACGUGUUCCUCAACCUGCACACCCUCCGCUUCUACUGCCUGCCCGACAACUACGAGAUCAUCGAUUCCUCGCUGGACGACAUCAAGUACGUGCUGAAUCCGACAUUCCUGCGCCAGGAGAUCGCCCAGCUGGACCAAGUGCAGCCGAAGCACUCGCGCACCGUGGACGGAGUGCUCUAUCUACCGGGCAUCGUCGGGCUGAACAACAUCAAGGCGAACGACUACUGCAACGUGGUGCUGCACGCCCUCUCCCACGUGGGUCCCCUGCGAGAUUACUUUCUGCGUGAGCAGAAUUAUGCUCACAUCAAGCGACCACCGGGUGACUCCAUGUUUACGCUUGUCCAGCGCUUCGGCGAGCUAAUGCGUAAGAUGUGGAAUCCGCGCAACUUCAAGGCGCAUGUCUCGCCCCACGAGAUGCUCCAGGCGGUGGUGCUGUGGUCCAGCAAACGUUUCCAGAUCACCGAGCAGGGCGAUCCUAUUGAUUUCCUCUCCUGGUUCCUCAACACCCUCCACCGGGCCAUGAAGGGCACCAAGCAACCGAACUCGUCCAUUCUCUACAAGAUCUUUUUGGGUGAAAUGCAGAUUUAUACGCGGAAGAUACCGCCUGUGGAGCUGGAUGACACGGCCAAGGCGGAGCUGCUGGCCACCGAGGAGUACAAGGAGCAGGUGGAGCAUACUAAUUUCAUAUAUCUCACCUGCGAUCUGCCACCGCCGCCGCUGUUCAUAGACGAGUUCCGCGAGAACAUCAUUCCGCAGGUGAAUCUCUACCAGCUGCUGGGCAAGUUCAAUGGCAGCGCCGAGAAGGAGUACAAGACGUACAAGGAUAACUUUAUGAAGCGCUUCGAGAUCACCCGCCUGCCGCAGUUCAUCAUUUUGUACAUCAAGCGGUUCACCAAAAACACCUUCUUCCUGGAGAAGAAUCCCACGAUUGUUAACUUUCCCAUCAAGAACGUGGACUUUGGCGACAUUCUGGGCAUGCGAAAGCGGGACGGUAACGUCAAGGACACCAAAUACAAUCUGGUGGCCAACAUUGUGCACGAUGGUGACCCCAAGAAGGGCACCUAUCGCGCCCACAUACUGCACAAGGCCAACGGCCAGUGGUACGAAAUGCAGGACCUGCAUGUCACCGAAAUUCUGCCCCAAAUGAUCACGCUCACCGAGUCCUACAUACAGAUUUACGAGCGCUGUGCGGACACUUCCUGAUCCCUGGGAUAUUUUACUUACCUUAAGCUGUGUGUGUAUAAUUUAUAAUAUGGCUCCAACCAGCAUACAAAAUACAUAAGUAGGCAGGAAGUAAAGUGAA